AUGACCAGCUCCACCGCCACCUCCGCCUCAUCCGCCGCCUCCGUCGCCUCCGCCACCACUGCCGCCUCCGCCACCACCGCCGCCUCCGCUCCCUCCGCCACCGCCGCCGCCUCCGCCACCACUACUACCACCGGUACCCACACCCCCUCCACCACUCCCACCACCACCCCCACUCCCCCCGCCGCCUCCACCGCCACCUCCACCGCCCUCGCCAGCUCCUCCAGCGCCCUUGCCCCCCUUGCCCUUGCAUGUGCGGCGCUUCCCCGAAGGGGCAGACGCAGCACCGACCGACUCAAAACCAACGAGGUCGGCCGCAGCAGCAGAAGCAACAGAGGGCAAGAGGGGGGAGGGAGAACACCCCUCAAAGACAGGGCUCGGGCGGCUCGGCAGCAGGGCGGCUCGGCGGCUCAGCGGCUCGGCUACUGGGCGGCUCAGCGGCUGGGCGGCUCGGCUGCAGUGCGGCUCGGCGGCUUGGCGGCUCGGCUGCUGGGCGGCUCGGCUGCUGGGCGGCUCGGCGGCUGGGCGGCUCGGCGGCUCGGCUGCUGGGCGGCUCGGUGGCCCGGCUGCGGCGGCUCCUGCCUCCGUGACGACGGCCCGAGUGUAGGUGGGGCGGCCGUGGGAUAG